CAGGGAGUCCGCAGCAGUCUCUCCUUUCUGUCCACGGCGUUUAGCGGAAAACAUCUGACUCUUGCUCGUUUUCCCAAAAAGCUGUGUUUGGUUUUUACUCAUUUUGUGCCGGAGCCGCGGAGGCAUCACGGGGAACAAAAAUCACUGUUUCGACAGCAGGAUUUCACCCUCUUACUGCGCGCUUUCAAACAGACAAGUAACAAGAAAAGCAUGUGUGGGUGUUGAGAGUCAUCUGUUCAGUUGACCUUGCUGCCCCUGAACACGGAGCUGCCGCCUGCUUUACUGCUGACCAUCCACUAGUCCAGUGAGGCUCACUCCACACCAUGUCUGCAGAGGUGGAGAACAGUGCACCCGUCCCCUCCGAUCCCAGCAACACAACUACAGCCUCGACCAACACACCUCCCAACACCCCGACAUCCGCAUCAAAGGCCCCAUUCAAGAAAGAGAAGAAGAAAGUCCCAGAGAAGACAGAUGAGUAUCUGCUGGGCAGAUUUCAAGGGGAUGGCGUGAGGUACAAAGCCAAGCUGAUUGGCAUCGAUGAUGUCCCAGAGGCCAGAGGAGACAAGAUGUGCCAGGACUCCAUGAUGAAACUUAAGGGUAUGGCAGUAGCUGCCCGGUCCCAAGGCAAGCACAAACAGAGGAUCUGGGUCAACAUUUCCAUGUCGGGCAUCAAGAUCGUCGAUGAGAAAUCAGGAGUGAUUGAACAUGAGCAUGUGGUGAAUAAGAUCUCCUUCAUCGCCAGAGAUGUAACAGAUAACAGGGCGUUUGGAUACGUGUGUGGAGCAGAGGGGCAGCAUCAGUUCUUCGCCAUAAAGACUGCACAACAGGCAGAGCCCCUGGUGGUCGACCUGAAAGAUCUCUUCCAGGUCAUCUUCAACAUGAGGAAGAAAGAGGCAGAGGCCGCACAGAAGGGGGAAAAUGGCAGCGCUGUAGUUGAGAAUGGAAGUGACGCCUUGAUAGGUAUGGAUGGUGACAGAAAAACUGUUCAACCAAUGGAGCAGCUCGACCUUUUUGGAGACAUGUCGACCCCUCCAGACAUCCAGGCUCCAAAUGGCUCUAAUGAUAUUCUGUUGCUGGACUUUUCUGCUGAAGUUGACAGCAAUCAGAAUUGCAUAAAGGGGAACUCCUUUGUAACUUCCUGUGCCCCUGACCGUAGGGCAUCUCCCCAGACAGAGAAUCCCUUUUCCUCGACAUUUGGCUACUUUCCAACCCCAGACAGUGACCCUUUCAGAGAUGACCCCCUUUGUAAAUCGCCCACUUGGUCGGAGCCCGAAAAUUCCCAGAUCUCCACUAAUCACCUAAACAGCACUGCUGGCAACGCUUGUAAGACAAUUAUUAACGGUGGUUUGAAUGGAGACUCGGAACACCUCAGUCAGCAGAUAAAUGGGUUAUCCAGUAAGACCAUGAUCCUGGCUCUCAGUAACGGACAGUGGCCGCUAGGGGGCAAAAUAACUCAGGGCAACACAAUUACCAUGAUGGAUGGGAAUGAAUCUGGAACACUUCUCUCAACUAAAAACCCAUUUUUUGACUCGUCUUUGAAAACUGCCCCUCUCUCUAAUGGCAUAAGUCAUCACCCACAACCCCCAGUGACUCAUAGCAAGGACUCAGUUGUCAUAAGCCCACCUCCACAGAGCUCUAAGGCUGGACGAGGUCGAAGGAGCGCAAAGUCCACAGCAAGUGACCUGUUUGGAGCAGAGCUUUUUUCUGCUCCGGGUCAAUCUGAAGGGUCAUCUGCUUCAGCGGACCUUUUCAACAACACACGUACCAGCUCCACUCCCUCCUCCAUAGCUGCUCUGGGGAAUAUUCAGUUAGGUCCUCCAGCUACCACCGGUAUCCCCACUGCAGGCAUGUGGGGAGCCCCCAUGGCUGCACCUUCCAUGUUCCACAUGCCAGGAGUGACAGCCCCAGGCCCAAGGCCCGCCUACCCACAGCCAUCUGCAUUUGGUGGCCUACCCAUACCACCCCAAGCCUGGGGCCCACAGGUGCCACCUCAGUUUAGUGUCCCGCCCUUAUCCCCACCCCAUCUCAACUGGGCCCAACCUCCACCACCUAAUGCUCUUGGUGCUCCAGGUUGGGGUCAGCCCGCCAUGACCAAUCCUUUCCAGCCUGGUGCGUUCCCUGCAAUGGGCGACCAUCAAGGUCCGGCACGCCCUCCUCCUCGGCCACCUGCUAAGGAGGCCCCAAGGGUAGAGAACAGUGCCUUCACAGCUUUGGACCCACUUGGAGAUAAAGAAAAGAAGAGCGGAAAGGACAUGUUCAAGGACUUCCAGCUUGCCAAACCACCACCUGCCAUCCCAGCGAGGAAAGGGGAGAUUUCCAACUCGGCUCCGGCCCCCAGUGGUAAAGAAUCCGGGGCGUUCGAUCAGUACUUUUCCAGUAAAGUGGGCCUGCCUCAGGAUAAUGCAGAUCAUGAUGACUAUGAAAUCAGUCAAAUGUCCGCAGCUGUUAAUGAUGUUCCUAAACCAGCUGCAGCUCCAAGCUUUAAUCCCGGCCUUCUUGAUGCCGCCUUUUCCUCUGCUCCCAUCGCAAACAACUCGGGCCCGGCCCAGGGACAAGGCCCCAAUCAGGACAUGUUUGAUCAAGCAUUUGGGGCCCCAGAUUCCGGUCUGUUUGGAGGACCCCCCGUAGCCACGCAGCCUGCUGCUGUUGGUCAGACUUCUGGCUCAACAGCUGCUUUUGGGGAUCCUUUUGGAAAUCCCUUUGCUUGACCUUAACUUUGUCUAUAAUUGAAAUGGAGGAAAUGAAGAUCUUCACGUCAAAUAACAUCUUUGGGACAAGCUGCUACAACAAGUGCAAGACAAUCCAAAUUAUGAACUUUUCUCAGUCUUGUCCCUGACCAACCCUUCUUCUACAUCUCCACCUCUGAUGUUGUCAUUAUUGUUUUUUUCUAUCCAAUCAGUAGUUUCCUUAUUUCUAAAGACCACUGAUCUAAGAAGUAAAUGUUUUGUCCUGAUCUGCUGAAGAAAGAAAUGUGGUGUGAGAGAGAGGGAGGCACGUCCAAAGAGGUUCACUGCUGAUGCUGUCUGUGUUAAAGAAAUAAAAUAAUUGAAUCAUAA